AUGCCUCUUGAGGGCAAGCGCAUCAUAUUAUGCCUAGACGGCACCUGGGUCAACAGCGAUAAGGGAUAUAACCGGCCGACCGCACAAGACCCAAAUGACACACUAGCGAUCCCAACAAACGUGACUCGCGUGUACCGCUCGCUGCGGAAAAGAGGAUUCGAUGGGGAGAGCCAGGUCAUGUACUACCAUCCUGGUGUGGGAAGUACUGGCGGCGUCUCGGACUCGAUAGCGGGUGGGGUAUUUGGCACCGGAGUUGCCGAAAAUAUCAGGGAAGCGUACAGUUUUGUCGCUACCAACUAUGAACCUGGGGAUGAGAUCAUUUUAUUGGGAUUUUCGCGUGGUGCGUUUACUGCGAGAGGUGUAGCUGCGCUGAUUGAUGCGGUGGGUCUACUCAAUUCCGAUGGCAUGGAAAUGAUCUACCCUAUUUUUAAAGAUGCGGAGAAUAUGGAAGAUCCGGACUAUAAGGAUAAAUUCCCUACAAUUCCAUUUCCAAACAAGCCUCGUCGACCCAACAGUGGGAAGGAAUACAAACGUCGCUUGGAAGAGUCUGGAUUGACAAGAGUCUAUAAUCCCGAUGGACACCGGAUUAGGAUACGCUGUAUUGCGGUCUGGGAGACUGUGGGAAGUUUAGGAUACUUAUCAAACUAUACAUGCCAAUUCUACGAUACAUGCCUCUCAAAUACAACUGAGUACGCCUUCCAAGCUCUGGCUCUAGACGAAGACCGCACAUCCUUCGCCCCAGCAGUAUGGGAACGACCCGACGGCGUCCAGACCGACCUCCGCCAAGUAUGGUUCUGCGGCGCACACUCCAACGUCGGCGGCGGUCUUCCAGACCAAGAACUCGCGAACGUCACUAUGGCCUGGAUGAUGGACCAAUUGACAUCGAUCGGCGUAGCAUUUUACGACGACACAAUCGAUAAGAUCUUCGAGCGGAGCGUGCGCUACUUCUUUGAUCACCCGCACGGCUCCGAGGCGGAAGGAUCAUCUAACUCUGAAAGAUGGAGGCAGUGGGCUGAUAUCUCUGUUUAUGAUGAACACAAGCCCGUUAGACCCUGGGGUUUAGGUGAGAUUGUUCAGCCUGAUACGGGAUUUUAUCAUCUCGCUGGUAAGACCACUCGGACGCCGGGGCAGUACCGGCGUAUUGACCCUGAGACUGGGAAGACAACUUCGAGAUUCUUGAUUAAUACAAAUGAGAGGAUUCAUCGGAGUGUGCGGAUCCGACUUGAUCUGGGUGGGCUGGGGUUUGAUGAUGUUGGUUUGUAUAAAUGUAAGGCGCUUUUGAAGAAGGGGCCUUGGGAGCUUGAGAGGGUGAGGGCUGUGGUUUGUCGGAAAAUUCAAGAUCCGGACAGUGAAAUGGGAGAGGUGAUUGAGAAGUUUGAGGAUGAUCGGUGGGGAUGGAUUUAUGCUGGGCCUAGGGAGGAUGCACCGUUGCAGACUGUCCUGAUGGAGGAGCCGCUAGGACCGUAUGAGAAACGGUUGCUUCGUCUUAGUAAAGGUCGCCCAUAUUACAAGACUCUUCUAGAGGAGAGUAGGAGGUAUUAA